CUUAUUAGUUUUCUUCUUUCUCUCUCUAGUAAUAGAAACCCUAGCCCCAUUUGAAUUCCUCAAAAGAGCGCCUUUUUCGCCUCUCUCUCUCUCUCUCCCCCCUCUUCUUCUUCCUCCUCCGCUGCUCGAUCGAGACCCUAGAAAGAGGAAGGAUCGAGAGGGAAAUGGCGGCGACGAACAUAGGGAUGAUGGAUUCGGCCUACUUCGUGGGGAGGGGCGAGAUCCUCGCGUGGAUCAACUCCACACUCCAUCUCAAUCUCUCCAAAGUGGAAGAGGCGGCGUCGGGGGCGGUGGUGUGCCAACUCAUGGACGCGGUGCACCCGGGGAUGGUGCCGAUGCACAAGGUCAACUUCGACGCGAAGAGCGAGUACGAGAUGAUCCAAAACUACAAGGUGCUCCAGGACGUCUUCAACAAGCUCAAGAUCACAAAGCAUAUUGAGGUGAACAAACUCGUUAAAGGAAGGCCUCUUGAUAACUUGGAGUUCAUGCAGUGGAUGAAGAGAUAUUGCGACACGGUCAAUGGUGGUGUUGUGAACAACUACAAUCCUGUGGAAAGAAGAGAUGCCUGUAAAGGUGGAAAGGAAGCAAAUAAGAGGGCAGCAACAGCACCCACACAAGCAUCAUCCAAGUCUUCAUCUGCUGCCCCAAAAUCUCAGGCAUCUCAACCCGCCAGAAAGAACGAUGUGAAUUCUACCAACGGAUCGCAAAAGAGCGCGAAGCCAGUCAGUAAUGCUGGAGGGCAAGCUUAUGAUGAGCAGGCAAGUUGGGUUAGGUUUAUUUGUUAUUGGGUUUCUAGUAGCAUGAGAAAGCUUACAUUUGUGGCAUUGAUUGAAUUGCAGAUCACUGAGUUGAAGCUUUUUGUUGAUAGUCUUGAGAAAGAAAGGGACUUCUACUUUGCUAAGUUGAGGGAUAUUGAGAUUUUGUGCCAGAGUCCUGAGAUAGAGCACUUGUCUAUUGUUGGUGCCAUCCAGAAGAUACUGUAUGCCACUGACGACAGCCCCGCAGUUGUGGCGGAGGCGCAGGCCAUGAUAGCCGCAGAGCAGCAGAAGCAGCAGCAGCUGCCGGCUCUCAGCCCAAUCGCAGAAGCAUCGGAGGAGAAGCUGCCGCAGCAGCAUCAGGAGUCGCAGAAGCGCAAGUGCAUCUCCACCUUGGAGGUCGACAUGGCGGCUAACUCAACUCUCUCCCCGAGGCAGAGGCUCUCGGACAUCUCUGACGUCCACUACUGUGGAUCACCCCUAACGAACUGCUAAAAAGGUUGUUAUAAAAUGAGGGUUGUAGGUGCAACGGAGCGUUGCCUACGCUGUGGUUUAUAUUUGUGUGUUCACCAGUUUACCAAGUUUAUCAGAGUUCUACAAUUGGAUGGAAUAUGUCAACUUAUUGGUGAAUGAUAUAGUAUGUUGUAGUCUGGGUUUUGUGGACCAUGUUAACUUGGAUAUUAAUUUUUCCUCGUUGAGGUGAGGUAAUAUGUUGUCUUGAUAGGCAUAAUAUAUGUUCUCUUUUACAAUGUAGUCGUUUCUUUCUGUUGUUGCUGUUGCUCUAUGUUCUUGCCAAACGGUAAU